CCAAUUUGGAAUAUAAUCUAACGUUCUUUCACCAACUGAAUAUGUCUAAAAGAAAUAUUGAAUUGUUAGAAAGUCUUGCUGAUGAAGAGCAAGAGCUCUACUUGAAUAUUCGUAGAAGCAGAAUAAGGAAAAUGAACCAAGAGCUCGAAAAGGUAAGUACAACUGCUUCUGUUAUUACGGCGCCUAUUAACAAGUGUUUAUUUUUCAAAACAGAAGGAUAGCAGCAAGAAACUGCAAAAGUUCCUGAGGAACUUUAAAAAUAAAAAUAAAAAGCAA